AUGUCCCAAGCGCAAUCAAAACUAAAUCGACGGAACCAGGCAAAGCAGAUUCAAAAGGCCAAACGACAGAGCUUGGUCGAGGCGACGAGACUUUUCAACGGCGUAGAUGGAACCCCGCGCGUUGUUGCUGUUGUCCCACUAUGCAAGGAUAUUUCUGCGAGAGAUCUAGUCCUCAAAUUGCUGAAAGGGCUGGGCGAGGAUGCCGAGUCGAUUACGGCGGACUGUCCUGAGCGAGGAAUCUGGCGAGCACGAGCGGAGCGGUUCCGUACGAGCCUUCAGUUCCUCCUCCUGCCAUAUGGGCAGCUGUACGCCACUUUGGAUGCAGUAAAAGGCGCAGACUACAUUAUCCUUGGACUUUCCGCAUCGACAGAAGUAGAUUCCUGGGGUGACAUGCUGCUUCGCUCGUUACAAGCCCAAGGUUUCCCUCAGGCAAUAGCGGUCGUCCCGACGACACAUGAUGAUACAUCAAUGGAAGAAAAGUCGAGAAAGUCGACUAUGAAGACCGCCCAAUCCGUCAUCAAAUCUCUCCUCUCAUUUGUACAAUAUUUUGUUCCCACGCUCACCCGAGUAUUCGACCUGUCUUCAACGUCUGAAGCAUCGACUGCCUUGCGCUCGCUAUGUGAAGGCAAACCGAACGAUGUACGAUGGCGCAUGGGUCGAGGUUAUCUCGUCUCCGAAGCUCUCUCCUACGAUCUUGACACUAUUUCGACCUCUGAAGAAUCUACUGGAUCAAAAGGGGUGCUCAAAGUCACUGGCGUGGCGCGCGGUGCGCCCAUAUCUGCAAACCGUCUCAUCCAUAUACCGGGAUGGGGCGACUUUCAACUCAAGCGUAUAAUCGCAACACCACGCAAUCCUCGUGGUCCACAGGGAGACGGUACAAUGGACGUCGAAGCCAAGGUGCUCAGCGAGCCGUCGACUGGAGGAGCAGGAGACGACGUUGAUCAGCAAGAUGACCUCGUUUCCGUUAACGAGGUGGACGAUAUGCAAAACGAGCAGACGUGGCCUACUGAAGAAGAUAUGCGUGAGGGUGCAAGUGCGAUUGACGGGACGGAUGGGUUACCCGACGCCGACGAGGGCACGACGCCAAAAGUCGUCAAGAGGUUCCCAAGGGCACGAGAAGUGGACGAGGACGCGAGCGAGCCGGAUGAUGAAGAAGGCACCGAACGAGAUGGAGGUGGCUCUGUCGAUAUGAACGACGGGGCGAGCGAGAUGGCUUCCAAGGUCGACGACGAUGAAGAGUAUGAAGACGUCGUAGAGGAGAAAAGCAGCCGUGCUGUGGCAUUUGAAGAUAUGGAUAUGGAAGAGGAGAAGCGACAACUCGAAUCAUGGCGCGCACGUCAAAAGGAGCACUCGACGCAUCUCGCAUUCCCCGACGAAAUCGAUACGCCAAUGGACAUACCCGCCCGACAACGCUUCGCGCGAUAUCGUGGACUCAAAUCGUUCCGCACCAGUCCUUGGGAUCCAAACGAAAACUUGCCACGGGACUAUGCCAAGAUUUUCCGUGUUGGUGAAAAGGAGUGGGAUAGCGUUAGUCGGAAGAUUAUGCACGGGGACGCCGGAGAUGGUAUAGAGCGCUAUAGCCCGGUACACGUGACACUGGAGAUUCAAGGCGUGCCGCAGGCAUUUAUGGACGCGUACGAUCCGACUCUACCACUCGUCGUCCAUGCUUUGUAUCGACAUGAACACAAGAAGACUGUGCUCAACUUUACACUCCAACGCAACUCGGAGUACAACGAGCCUGUGCGCUCAAAGGAUUCGCUCAUUCUCUGCUCAGCACCUGCGGGGGGUGCAAAGAGUACGAACAAUGUACACAAGUUUGAGCGAUUCCUGCGUGAGGGUGUCACGUCUGUGGGGACCAUUUACGGACCGUUGACAUUUGGAAGACUUCCAGUCACGCUCCUCAAGGAAACCGACGAUCCACAAUGUGAGUCUAUCCACCCCAUCUUGGUCGCGAGCGGCACACUCCUCCCACCAAGCACAUCACGCAUCAUCGCCAAACGCAUCUUACUCACAGGCCACCCAAUCAAGAUUCACAAACGCAGCGUAACGGUGCGAUACAUGUUCUUCAAUCCGGCCGACGUGGCCUAUUUCAAGCCAGUCCAACUCAGCACGAAAUAUGGACGGACGGGUCAUAUCAUCGAAAGUUUAGGCACGCACGGAUACUUCAAGGCUCAUUUCGAUGGAAAUGUGACGCAGAUGGACACGGUUUGUCUGGCACUGUACAAGCGCGUGUACCCGAAAUGGGCAAAAGAGUGGUCGGCGAGUGCCAACAAGGAUGGGGGAGACGAGAUGGAAGAGUAA